UGUGAAGCAGUCAGAGAGGGUGGCAGUACUGAGCUGUGCAAGGCAGCUAAACAGCAGCAUCUGGGAACAGGAUCGCAUGGUCUGGCUGCAUUUUCCAAUUCUUACAGGGCAGCAUGGCAGUCGCGGUGGGCAGACAAUCUUCGGCAAAUGAUGACCUACGGACAUUAUCCCUCUCUGGUCAUGUGGGGUUUGACAGUCUUCCCGAUCAGUUGGUCAACAAAUCCACCUCCCAGGGAUUCUGUUUCAAUAUCCUCUGUGUGGGUGAAACAGGCAUUGGAAAGUCCACACUAAUGGACACCAUAUUUAAUACAAAGUUUGAAAGUGAGCCGGUGUCUCACAUUGAGCCAGGAGUGCGGUUAAAAGCAAGGAGUUAUGAACUGCAGGAGAGCAACGUACGACUGAAACUAACCAUAGUGGAUACAGUUGGAUUUGGAGACCAGAUAAACAAAGAUGACAGCUACAGACCUAUUGUCGAGUACAUUGAUGCGCAGUUUGAGGCCUUUUUGCAGGAAGAACUGAAGAUCAAGCGAUCUCUCUACAACUACCACGACACAAGGAUUCACGCUUGUCUAUACUUCAUCGCUCCCACUGGACACUCUUUGAAGUCUCUUGACUUGGUCACCAUGAAGAAGCUUGACAGUAAGGUGAACAUCAUUCCGAUCAUUGCAAAAGCAGACACCAUUGCCAAAAACGAACUGCACAAAUUCAAAAGUAAAAUUAUGAGUGAGUUGGUCAGCAAUGGGGUACAGAUCUACCAGUUCCCUACAGAUGAGGAGACAGUUGCAGAAAUCAACACCACAAUGAGUGUACAUCUGCCAUUUGCAGUGGUUGGCAGCACAGAAGAAGUUAAAAUUGGCAAUAAGAUGGCUAAAGCUAGGCAGUAUCCCUGGGGUGUUGUGCAGGUUGAAAAUGAGAACCAUUGUGACUUUGUCAAACUCAGAGAGAUGCUGAUUAGAGUGAACAUGGAAGACCUGAGAGAACAGACUCACACUCGGCACUAUGAGUUGUACAGGCGCUGCAAACUGGAGGAGAUGGGCUUUAAAGACACUGACCCAGACUGCAAGCCUUUCAGCCUUCAGGAAACAUAUGAAGCUAAGAGGAAUGAAUUUCUUGGAGAACUACAGAAAAAGGAGGAAGAAAUGAGGCAAAUGUUUGUGAUGAGGGUAAAAGAAAAAGAAGCAGAACUCAAAGAGGCCGAAAAAGAACUCCAUGAGAAGUUUGACCUACUCAAGAGAACUCACCAAGAAGAGAAAAAGAAAGUAGACGACAAAAAGAAGGAGAUAGAGGAUGAAGUGAGCAUGUUCCAGAAGAAGAAAGCGGCCACACAGCUACUCCAGUCCCAGGCUCAGCAGGCCGGCACUCAGCAAACCAAGAAAGACAAGGACAAGAAAAACUUCUUCUUUCUAUAACCAACCUGUUGACAGUCCUCCAUCUUCCUCAAACGAGCAGUAAUGUAUCAGAAGAGCAACACUAAUUGUACACCUGUUGGAAGAUAUGCCACACGACGCCUACCCCCUGUUCUUCCUUUGUUUACCUUCAGUGGGUAUAUGUUGCUGUGUAUUGUGAGUGCGAUUACUUGCUCACUGCUGACUUAUAUCUGUCUGUUGUCAAAUUGUAGCACCAAGGAUGCUCCCAAUAUCUUUAGGACCUUGGAAAGGCCAAUGUUCUUGGUGUGGUUUCAAAGCUCCACGUGAACAUUAAAAACUAGUGACUCAUGGUUGCUUCAUAUUAAAAUGGGACUUCAGAGAGAUAAAAGCAAAAGUUUUUAAAGAAAAUAUUUAUAUAUACAGUAUGAACAAGGAUGCUGACAAUAUCUCUAGGUCCUUGGUAAGGCCACUAUUCUUAGGGUGGUUUUUGAAAGUGCCACAUAAAUAUAAAUACUAAUGACUUAAAAUAUAGGGCUGGGCCACAUUUAAAUGAAAUUCCGGAGAAAUAAGAAAAUAUUUUAAAGGUAAUAUUUAUAUACAGUAUGCUAAUUAUAUCAAAUUAACUACAUUUGACAUAUAGGGGCCGAAUUUUCAAUGUCUGGCGGACAUGAUACGCUGUAACAUAUGUCCGCCAGACAUCGCUGAAUGCCGACAGCAUAUGCUGUCGGCAUUUAGCAUUGCACAAGCAGUUCUAGUGAACUGCUUGUGCAAUGCCACCCCCUGCAGAUUUGCGACCAAUCGGCCGCUAGCAGGGGGUGUCAAUCGGGUUGAUUGCUGUCCGCCGCUCAGAGGCGACAGAGCAGUUAAGGAACAGCAGUCUUAAGAGCCCCAUGGAGUCUUUGAUUGGUAUCUUCAGGUCAUAACAUAUUAAAGGUACCGUCCACUUACUACUAUUUUUAAUCCUACAGCUAGCCCCAUUGAUUCUCACUAAACAUAAGGUUUCUGUAUGAUAUUCUGGGCAGAUAUUAAUUUAUCUUAAUGGCUACAAGAUUUAUACACUUUUUUGGGAAUCAGGCCUUUUCUAAAUAACACUAUAUCAAAUUAUAACAUUUUAUUGUGUGCUAUAACUCAGGUUUCUGCAGGUUAAACUAAAUAUGUACACAGUUUAUUUAUCUGGAAUUAUAAAAAAAUUUCUAAUAUGGAAAGAAAGAUUUAUUUUAUCUUCAAAAUUGUCAUAAAAUACUUUAUUUAUAUAACAAACGAUUAGGUAAUGUUUUGAUGAUGUUAUUAUUAAACCGUCACACAAAUUGUUAAUGAAGAACGCUAACGAGGAUGGACUUGUAACCCUUUGUGCAUCCAAUACUUCUCUAUGCCAAGACUUUUAUUUGCUUUCUUCAGAACACUAUCAUUAGAUGAGAAAGCUCAGAAGAGAACCUAAUCGUAUGUAAACAGCCUAAGAACGUUUAAAGGCCUUGUGAUUAAAUAUUAUCUGCACUAAUGAUUUCCUGGAACCAAGUAAAAUGAAUAUGAUCGUUGUAUCUGAUGUAUUUUGGUUAUGCAUUUUAUAAUGUUUCUAUGAUCUAUUAAAUGUUUUCUAUUUGCACUUAA